AUGAAUAAUGACAAAGAAAGAUUCAUCAUAUUCACGGAAAGAGAUGGAUUUGAUAAAAAUCAAAAACUUAAAAGCACAUUGUAUUCACAUUCUUAUGUAGGGUAUUCAUUGCUUGAAUUAUGUUGUUACCAUGGAGCAGUUGAUUGUUUUAAGUUAUUAAGAACGAAAUACAGCUCAGAAAUAACUCAAAAAUAUCUAGAAUAUUCAUUUUUAGGGGAAAAUCCAGAAAUCAUGAGCGAAUAUUUGAAAUAUCAAAAACCAUCUAAAGAAUGCAUGGAAUAUGCAAUUAUUUCACACAACAUUGAUUUUGUUACUUUCUUGAUGAAUGAAUGCAGUAUAGAUAUCAACUUAGAAUUCCAUGGAAUUUACAAUAAUCUUGAAUCCUUUUUAGUUUCUUUCGAUCAAACUAAUCUUUUGUUUAUUCACCGAUGUUUAAUAAUCCAUCCCUUAUCGAAUACUUCUUUUCACAUGGUGCGAGUAUCAAUUGAAUAA